AUUUCACGUCCUUGCUCAGCUCCUUAAGAGGAGUUAUGAUGGCAUACUUCAGUAUUUUGUUCGGUGCUUACUUUCACUUAUGCUGGACAAACUUCGCUGGGGUUCUGCUGGGUCUUCGCAACAGUUCAUUAUCUCCCCCAUUCCCCUCCGUUGCAUUCUAUUCUAUCAUUUGUAUAAUUAUUCUAUAUGUUGUGUCAUUUUUAAUUCCAUUUCCAUUUCCAAUCACAUUUUUAUAUAUAUAUGUAUAGCGGGGGGGAGGGUGUGAGGCGGAUGGAUGAGAUUAUCAGAGUAUCCCGGCAGCAUGCGUUAUCUUGAGAUACCUAGAAUUCUUACUAGUAGGGAGUACGAG